AUGGCGGAAGACAGUACACCGGUAUCGAGUGAACAAAAACGACCUGUUGACUACGAUAUGAGAAAGCUUUCAGAAGAUGGAAAAAUGGAACAGAAAGAAUACCUGGUGUGCUUUUCGUUUUUCGUCUUUUUAUUCCUUUGCAUGCUUCGUUUUAGACCAUAAGUCCCCACAAACUAUUUUGGUAGUUCUUGUUAUGUACAAGUAAAUUUUUAGAUAUUGUUUAUAGAUCAGCUGUGUUGUUGAUUUAUGGAUGAGACGGAAAUAGUUACAACAGGUUCUGAAAUUUUAAAAUUCUUCUAUGAUUGUUUUGUCGCUUGAUACGUGUUGUUUUUUUCAAUUCAUUUUAGGAAACAUACAAUGUUGUUCUUAGUUGUGUCAAGUCCAUGUUUGAUUUGAGUCGGUGAGUUUGCUUGCAAUUUUGUGUCCAAGAUCGUUUAAAAGGGAAGUUUUUUUUCUCGUGAUAUGUUGAUGUUUAGCUUUUAAUUAUGUCUGGCGAUAUUUCUUGACAAAUAGGUAAAAUUUUUCUCUGUUUUAAUGUAUCAUAUUGAACCACGAGAGUCAUUAGGGCUAUAGCUUGCACAUGUAAUUACAUGUUGUUCUUGUGAAAUGUUUAUACGUUGUUGUUAUUUCGAUAUUCUUGAACAGGGACAACGAGCACAAAGAGGAGAGUCUGUCUGAGGAUAUGGAGGAACCACAAUCGUAAGCUAGCUGUUUUUGCUCAUUUGUGAAAGAAAUUUUAACUGUUUCCUCUUGUGUUGAAGUGAGAGAUAGCCUUAGGAUUAGCUGCUCUAUUGUACCUUGGCAUGGGGUUAUGCUGCCCCCCCAUGCUAAGUAAUUUUAUUUAAGUGUAGUCAUGUUGUCCCCUCCCUUCCUGUUAGUUUGACUGAAGUGAGUGGUCUCUCAUCACAAUUGCACUUGGAGGUUUGAUGUUAGAAGCAUGAGGUGAUGAUGCAAAGUUUUUUAUUGUUUUGAUCAAUGAGAGUCACAUUGGUUUAGUGGUGAUUGCAGAGGAUGACCUAGGAUUGCACAUCAAAAGGUCUAACUAGCUGUCAGCCUUGGCUGGAUUGCUGUGUUUUGUUCUUGGUCAGAACAUAUGACUCUGUCAGUGCCCCUCUCCACCUAGGAGUAUAAUUGGGUACUGAAGAAUCAUUGGGUAAACCCGAAAAUGCUAGGAGGUUACAAACCUAAUGUAAUGAACUAUUAUACCAUUCAGGGAAGGGGAAAGGAGUGUGGAAAUAUUUUCACUUCAUGCCACUUCAACCAUGACAAGUCCUGAAAGGAUAGGCUGUAAACUAACUUAACCUUUUGUCAUUAUACAACAAGUUUAAAACUGUGACCACAUUAGAAAAAUUGCUGAUAAUCCUUGAUACCUUAGGGUCCAAACCAUUCAUUUUAUUACAUCAAUAAUUCAUGCAUAAGCCCUUAGUCAGAGAAAUCUAUUUCACUCUGAUGAAGGGCGACAUUCAAAAUGCAAGCUUUAGAAUCUCUUUACUAUGCCCAAUUCACAUUAUCAACUCAGUUGAUAAAACCAAAAUAUCCUCUUAUACCUUUCCCCCCCUUCCACCUAAGCAGCAACACAGUAACUGUUUCUGCAACACAGAAACUGUUUCUUAGGAACUUGGCCCCUCAAUUUAUUCCUUAUCACAUUGAGUCUUAAUUUCUCUCUGGGUGACUUGACUACACCUCAAUUAAGCUUUUGCCUCAAGCAAAUCUAAUCUCACUAAGUAGUUUUUUCUAGCAUUUUUUCAAUAGAUUGUAUUAACCCUUAAACUCUCCAAAAAGAAUAUAUACAGGUUAUGUGUAGCACUAGUAUGUUCUUAUUUAUGACUCCCAACCCGUAAACUGUAAAAUUUGAAUUCAAAAGCCAUGAAUAUUUAAAACAGGAAGAAGUGAUUUUUAAAUGUGUUUCCAGCUGGUUUUUCUUCAUUGUUAAAACAUUCCCACUUAUGCAUAUGUUAAAACAUGUGGUUGUUAUGGAUAUCUUAAUGUCAUUUCAAUUUACAUAAUAUUUUUGAUCAGAAACUUAAAAUCUGGUUUGGUGCACAUAUAUGCAUUUGAAAUUUGAUGCUGAAAAUCUACAAGCAGCAUGGUGUUGCUGCUUGAAGUGAAGAUUUAGCCUUUUCUUUUUAUUUGAAACAGUUUUAAUUUAACUAAAGUAUGGUUUUAAGUUUUAAUUACCUCCAUAUUUUAAAUGUGAAUUGUUAUUAUCAUUAAUAUUUGUCACCUGGUUACCAUAGGAACAAACGUCUUAUUAAAGUAUGUUCUUUUAUUCUUGUGGUUGAUUUUUUGAUCACAGAAUUAUUAACUUUUUAAUUUUUGAUUAUUAUACAGGAAAACAGAACUGAGCAAAGUGCUUUCUCAAAUCUGUGGUCUAGUGAAUCAUGAAAAGCCACAAACACAGUAAGUAGUCUUUAUCAAUUUUCCUUUACUCAGCACUUACAUGUAUAUACUGGCUUUUAUUCAAAAUAAACAGAGAAUGAUAGCCAAUCCCAUGUAAUGCUCAAACUUAGCAAUCAAUUUUUUGUUAGCUUUUCUUGGUUUUUAUUGCCUGAACCAAUUUAUACUCCUGCCAGGGUAGACGCAUUGUACCUUAGGACAUGAUGUGGUUUCUCUUCAUCAAUCUAGAGCUUACAAACAGUGUUAUGGAGUAUGUGGACCAUGAUGAGUUUAUUGACCCUGAUAAUUUGAAUGAAUAUGACCCAGAAUCCCAAUUCUCAAAAGUUUUAUUGUCCAGUGAUGAAGAAUGGAAAAAAAAUUGGGAAAGAGAAACCACUUUUAGUCUCAGUUUACUCUGAUAGUGUUGCUACUGAAGAAUAGAGAUCAUUAUUAGAAUUGUUAGACAUAAUUGGAGUUAGUUCUCUCUCUGAUGUUGUCUGUGAACGAACACAGAUUCUUUUGCAUAUGAGCCCUCUGCACAUGAGAAUCAAAUUAAGUCAUUAUAGUGUGUACCACUUUGCUGUGAAAAUAAGACCUUGCUGCAGUGGUGUGUUAGUGACAUAUAAUUUAGAAAUGAUGUUAAGGCUUCAAAAGAAAGUCUUACCGUUUUAAACUGUCUUCACACUGAGAGAAGCUAAUGACACAUUCCUUGUUAUUUGAAGGUUCACCUGUGUACCAGAUCAUUACACUCACAUCAACAUCAUUGGCAAGACCCUAUCAUUAUAUUUAUCCUUGUUGGAUGAAGCUUGUGUAAAUAAAUUGUCUGCAUGUAUCAAGUCUGACUGCUCGCAUUGGCUAUCUAAGCUAUUUGGGUAAGAAAGAUCUACCAUAAUAUAAAAUUGAGAUUGACCUAUUGAAACAAAUAUAACACCUUGCAUUUCACUCUUUGAAAGUUUUGCAAAUAAGGCUAAUAUUCAUCACCGAAAAAAAAAGCACUUGUAUGCAAAACUUUUGAAGCAAAUCUAAUGCAUUAAGAGUCAACUGAUUUUCAGUGUUGUUUUAAGGUAAUUCAAUAGAUGCAUGAUAUGAACUGAACAGGCCACAGAAUUUAAUUAUACUUGCGUGGCAAUUAUGGCAUUUGCAAAGCAAUGUGCCUUUCUUGAAGUUGCCACUAGUAAAAUCCAACUUGAGGAAUUUAAUGAAUUGAAAUUGAAAAUCCACCAUGUUUCAUAUACACUCUAUUAAAUUUGCAGGUAUGAAAAUGCUCUAUGUUGCUUUCAUGAACACCAGUGGGAUGGGUUGGUACGAGGUAAGGCUUGUAUUAUUCUAACACUAUAUAGCACUAUAGGUAUGCUGAUGAUCAUGCCUUUAAUGGCACUUUAACCUGUGAGCUCAAACACAGAUCUUUAUUCAGUUUGCAGAUUGGCAUUAAGAUUGAAAUACCCUAAAUUUGGAACAGAAGGAUUUACAGCUCUGUAUACCAGGUAACAUUACUCAGGUCUCAAAUUUGGGCAUACUCAACAAAUUAUAUGUACAUGAUAGUUAGGUAAAUUGAAUUUUGACUUUGUUUAAUCUGAGAUACUACAUGUAAGUUAUGCUCAUGUAGUUUGAUAUUCAAAAUAUCAGUCACUACCCUCUAGGACUACCCCCAAUCGUGAUGAUGUUGCAAGAUCAGUUGCUACCCACAGCAUAUUUAUUUAUAAUUUGUAUUGAGAAGAUUAUAGACAGUGGAAGAUGAUAUCAUAUUUAUUUAUCAUCCAUCAAAUAUUUUUGUUCAUGCGCAACAGGUCAAAAUGCAUCAUGUGACCGUAACCCUCAGCCAAAUUGGGUGAUAUUCCAUAAUAACACCUAAGCAAUAUUCCCUAAUUUUCAAACUCUAUUUCCACUAAGAUAAGCCUUUGUUUCAAACUUAAUUCAAGAUGAGAGAGGGUUUUGUGGUUGCUACAGAAGACAGGAAAUCUUUUUUUUCAUUACGUCGUACUAGAGAACGCUCAAAAAAAACAUCCCAUGCUACUUACAGUAAGCUGUUCGUAAACAUUUUUUCACAUGCAUUGCAAAACUCACAGUUUUCCUUGAGCUUUGCUCAAGGAAAACUGUGGUAAACUGUGGUAAACUGUUCACAUCUUGGAACAGAUAGUGCGUGCAGACAAAUAUCUGUACAUAUUUUAGAAGCUAUUGUUUAUUCAUUUUGUUUAUGAUUUGUUUACAGGCCCCCUGUGGUGUACAUCAGUUCAUCUGCUUGCAACUCAUUAGGACAUUAUUUGUGUACACAGGUGUGUAUUCUGGAGAAAAAAUCUCAAUUUUAAGUAUUAAUUAAAAGUUCCAAGGAAAUAACUGAUAAUAUAAUUAAAAUGGUCAAGGCAUAGAUAUGAUUUCCUCGUGUAAUGUGAUUCCUUUCUUAAACAUACUUUAUCUUCGUUGAGAUGUAUAUACUAGGGAUUGAUAACAGAAUUGAUUGUCAACUUUGCAACAUUCAUUCAUUUGAUAUUCUACUUGUUUUAACUGGCUAAUUGAGUGAUGACCAGAAUCUGCAUUAAAAUUAGUUGAGACAUAGAGAGAAUAAUACAUGGGCAUGUGUAGAUAUGGAAUUUCUCUUUGAGUGUUUAACUCGAUAGCUCAUGAGUGAGUGCAGUGAACGAGUGAGAUGUUGAGUUGAACAUGAGAAGAAAAAUUCCAUAUCUUCUAGCAACCAUGUAUUAUUUUGUCUAUUAUAUAACCUAAUAGCCCUUUACUGAGAAGAAAAGACGACUUCAUUGAUGAAUAAAAAUAAAUUAAUCGACAAUCCCUGAAUAGCAAUCAUUGAGUGCAUUGGCGCUAACUCUUAAGUUGAAAAAAUGCGUGGAAUCAUGAUUACAAAAACAGAAAUGGUUGUAAUUUUCAAUUUACAAAAUUCUCAUUUAUUGACUUUGUCCUUACCGACAGAGGAAGUCCUACAGGUAAAUCAGCCAGUGGCAAAUCUUCCAGUUGUUGAUUUUCAUUCUCAGCCAAGAGAAAUGCUAGCGCCAAAAGCCGCUGAAUAUGUAACUUUCGGUUUUUCUUUUAGUAUAUUGGUUUCUUUCCCCUUCUAAGAAAGUUUGAACCUCACAGUCUGUCAGUGAUAAGGAUUUUUUAGUGUUUGAGCUGCCAUAAUUCGAGAAAGCUCUGACAUACAACUUGUAUUGAGAAUCGUGAAGGCUCUACCAUUCAUUUAUCAACCUGACCGAGUGGCACCAAAGGCGAGUGACGUGUCAGCAGCUGAUUGGCUAUAUCAACACACAUGAAAAAAAUUUGGUACUUUUUCACGCAUGUUGUUAUGGCUUUUCUGAGCUGGAAAUCCCAGUGUAACACCACUGUUUAUGUGAUAAAAUAUUUUACAACAUCUGACUAAAAAGAAGCAAUAUUUAAAACUGAUCUCUUUUUUUUCCUUAUCAGCUGGGAUUACCUCAAUCCAGUGUCUGUAAAGGUAAAGAGAUAUAAAAAGUGGUUUAAUCCACUUUUCCCAUGUUACCUAAAUGAACUGUAUGUGUAGUGUCAGUAGUUUCUUAAUAUUUUUUUUCACCAUGUUAUUGUGGCAUGUUAAGUAAAAUUAUGAAAAAUAUCUGAACUAAUCUGUAAGACACAGAAAUAGUUUGUGGAAACCUAAGGUAAACUGGGACAUGAUGAAUCUGUAAGAGUCUUUCAAAUUUGUGCAUCACUUUUAUUUGUUAAUUGAACCCAAGCUAUGAUAUUGGUAAAUUGUGGUGUUGUGAAUUGGGUGACCAACUUUAUUUGACAAAUGUGUGUUGUUCAAGACUAACGAGAAAACCUUCAGCUUUUUUCUGCAAACUGAAAUGUUUGUCAUUUUUUGAGGUCUAAUUUUCUUUUCAUGUCUUCUCUAGUGCCAUGUAACACAGUGUUUGGUUCAACACAUACUAUGGUGAGCUAACUGUAACUUAAACUUUUGACAUGGUUGCCAAAAAGCAAAUAGCCACAAACAGCAGAUCUAUUUCAAUGAAUAUAGUAUUUAAACCGAGUUUAAAUACUAUAGAGGCCAGAUAGGGGCCACAUACUAUUGGCAAGUAAAAGCUCCUGCUGGCUGUACAAUGAACUCAAUUCUAAACUGGGCUAGACCUCACCCAGUUUUUGUAUUUUUCUUUUAUUCAAUGUACACCAAAGACAACAUCCUCUGUGAAAAAUUUUACAGUGGUAACACUGAUAAAUAACAGGAACAUUAUUGGGUAAGAUUUAAGAGUUUUAUAUUGUCAUAAAACCAUUUUUGUGUACCUCAUUAUGAAGAAAUUCUUGAAUUCUCACUUGACAGGACAUUGCUGCCUUUGAGAGGCUCUUCAAUGAUGAUGUUUCAUGCGGCAAGACACCGCUGCUUCUUAUUGCCUAUGCAGGUAUGUGAACACCUUUCUUUACUUACAGCCCUUUUUUACAUCCUUUGCACCAGUCCUAUAGCAAAUAGCAUCAUGGCUAAAGUGACCAAUCAGUUUAUACAAACCAGACUUAGAACAAUUGACUGACUGCAACUCUUCACUUGACUCUGAUGAUGACUUUCACCAAGUUGUAGACAACAGUCUAUCUCAGAACUACCCUCACCUGAAUGAUUAGACUACACAAUGAAAUCCCUUCUCUGAGAGCCAUUUCAUGAUGACCCUAGGUUCAAAUGCAUGCAUUGUCAUUUUCUCUUGCUUCUGAUAAUGUUCUUCCUUUUUUAUUGCCAUUAAUUUUUUGUAGAAAAAAGCAAUUAUGAAGUAAAUAUUUUGAUGACAUAACAGUAUUCAUCAAUCUGAUUUGAAAAUGUUUUUGUUUUCUUGUGUUAAAUGAUUUUUUAAUAGGAACCCCAUUGGCUGGACAUACUGAUAAUCUCAGUAGAUUAAGAGAACUUUGCACACAGAAUGGUCUCUGGCUUCAUCUUGAAGGGUAUGGUCAAUAAUUUUCAUGUAUUGUACUGGACAAUCGACCAAGUAUUAAGGUUUUUUUUUUUACUGAAGGACUGUUUCUCAUACUCUUUAUUCCUUCUUGCUUGUGAACAGACAAUUAAACAUUCAUUUGAAAGGCAUUUGUACCUGUGGUGAAGGUUUUUCAAUGUUCAUUUACUCUCCUGCUAAUUGACUCCAUACUAACAGUUUUUUUGGUACAUAUAUUUUUUUUAAGGGACACCCUGGCAACCCUGUGCCUUGAAACAGUUCCUGCUUCCUUAAAGGUAUUAAUUUUGUUAUGGAAUUUUUUAAUUACCUUCAAUUAUGCUUAUAUAAUUUAUUUAAGUUUUAAAUCUCUUUCUUUGAUCUCCAGAGUGCCCCUGCCUGUGACAGCAUGAGCCUAAAUAUCAGCAAAUGGUUUGCAUUGCCCAGUGCACCUUAUUGUGUAUCUUUUUUAUUGAUGAUAAUUAGAAAAGACAAUAAAAUGGUCUUUGAAGUUUUCUCCUUAAUAUGUAAUUAUAUUUGGGCAAUUUCUUUUGAUAUAGCAGUUAACAUGAUCUGUGCUUUCAAAGAAAUAAAUUGAAUGAGCAAUUGAAUAAUUUGGUUUAUCAAUAAUGCAAAUCGGUCACUGUGAAGAGUUUCUAAAGCUGACCUUUGGAAUGUUAGCCCUUCCUCAGAGCGAUUAGUGAUUGAUUGAUUGAUUGAUUGAUUGAUUGAAAUAACAGUUACAGCACUGAAGAUUGGAAUCUUUUAGAAUCAUUGUGUUUCCUAAUACAGGUGCUAAAAAUUGAAGUUACUUUGGGAAAAAGUUAUAGAAAGAUCACAUCAAAUCAUCUAUAAAACUUCUUUCACUGCAGGCUGUGGGUGGCCUUUGAAAAUGAAUCAGGGGUUAAAGUUAAUGAGUUCUGCUGCAAUAUUCGAAUAAGAUGUUUUUAGAUUUUAUUUAUUCAAUAAACCGUCAUUGAAUUAUAUCUGAUGUUUCAAAGAUACCUUUAUGUUUGUUCAUGUACCUCAAAUGACACGUGUUUAAGGGUAAUGUGACUUAAUAUUUGAGGCCUUUAUAUCAGUAAUUAACGAUAUAAUGUUAAUUUUGCACAAAAAUUUCUCUUAAUUUGGAGCAAGACAUUCUACAGAGCAAAAGAUCUUGUUUUGGUAUGUAUAAUCCAUUACAUUUUUGUCCUUUUUAUAUUUUCUUUUUUGUUGUUGUUGUUGCAUUCGCUUCUCACUUCUGAGCCUAACUGACGAGGAAAUUGUGAGUACUUCAUAUUGAGUGACUGAGAUUGAGAUAGAGCUCUUGUUUUGUAGGCAGAGGCCUCAGGACUCAGUCAAAGCCACACACCUGACAGACUGUCUGUCCUUCCUCUUUGGAUUAGUAUUCAGACUAUCGGUGAGCAUAAAUUCUAUGUUGUAUGGGAUGUUUUUCGCCUAAAACAUUUUCACUCCCUGGAUAAUUGGAACCACUGGGGCAAUUAGCAACCUUAUUAGUAUCAGUGGCUUCUUUUUUAAGCUCUUUUUCAUAAGGUAUCAAUGUUGAUUAUAGACAAGGUUUAUGCCCCUAUCUGUAAUAUCAUUACCAGUCAAGGAUGCGUACUUGUUUUUAAAGAAUCUACUGCAUGAAAAUUAUGUCAAGUGCUCUCUCUACCAAGGACACUGAUUAAUGUUGAGAGAGCUUUGUAAGAAUGUAAUCAUCAAGGCUAAAUUGUCUGAACCAGUACCAUGUCUAUGUACACUUUUUGUUUGAAGUAAACUCAGGAACAGUGUUUAGUAAAUUUCAAACAUCUUGUGUGUGCAUUUUUUUUCUUUUCAUGGUGUUACCUAAGUACAUGUAAUAAGCUAACAGCAUUUUUUUUUUUUUUUGAUAACAGGUUUAGAUAAAAUGCAAGAAAUGAUUUUACAUGCAGCCCAACUGGUAAGGAUGGCUAUUAUUAUGAAUACUAAAAGUGCUUGGGAUCAGUAUUUUGUGUAUCUUUGCUUUGUAAUAACUGAGUUAAAAAUGAAUCAAAUAUUUCUUGGAAGAUCUGAUUAUCAUUUCCCAUUCAUUUGACAACAAUGUAUUAUUUUCUAGUCUCAACAAUUGUGUGUGAGUUUAGAUGGCAUGCAAGCUGCUGUGAAGAGGAUUGUAAGUAACUGACUUUAUAGAUAAAUUGUUCAGCUACAUAGUGUUUUAUUGAGUAGUAUUUUUUUAGUUGUGCUGAUAGAAUUCAUAAUCUUGUUUUCAUUUAGUGCAUAGAUUUCAAACUUCUUAUGUAUCGGGCAUAGCAAGAAUCCUCGCCCCUUUUCAGUUUUCCAAAGUAUUGCCAUUUUCUGUUAUCAUUGCCAUAGUUUCCCACCAAAGCCCACAGAAAUUCAUGGCAUGUCUAAAUGUUUUUCGCCUCCGUCAAUCUGACAAUUAGUGUGUUUACUUCAGGCCCAGCCCCACUGUAUGUCGUCCAUGGUUGUGUUCCAAUACAAAGCAGCCCCUGUAUCCCCAAGUGGAUCCAUUUUACAGACUGGUGGAGAAGAAGAUGCCUCAGAUCAAGAUGAAGAACAAGGUACCUUGAGAUAGAAAGCACCUGUUACCUGAAGUAUGCUGCUUUUGAUGUUCUUUUACCAAAAAGUAACCCACCCCACCCCACAUACACUGAGAUGUUUGGUUUUAACCCCCACACCCCAAAAAAAUCUGUAGUUCAGUGAUAUAGCAUAGAAGCACAGAUUAAUCUCUGUAGUUCAAGUCCUCCUAGUGAGUCAGAUCUUUUUUGUUGUCCCACAGUUAUGACAAGACAAAAACCAUCUUUCUUGGUUUCAUGAUCAACCUCAGAAUUUCCAUCUUUCUUAUUUCAAGUCUAAUUUUUGUCUAGACUUGCCAUCAAUUUUUGACUUCUGGGGAUGUGUUACUUAGAAGGAAUUUUUCAUCGGUCAAAGUGUUUCUCAAACUGGAAUGUGAUUGUGGUUCAUUUUGUACAGAUGACACAGAACUCUCCUCUUCCUCAAGAUCAUCGUCUCCAGAACCAGGCUGUGUUUCCUCUUCAGUGAGGGAUGCAAUCAAUCAAAUGGUAAUGGAACUAAAAUGCUGUACUGAAGUACAUAAUACAGUAUUGAAUAGCAAAUUUUUUUUUUCUUGUCAUCUUUAAGCACUCUCCCCUUGUUCAGUUAAGUGCUUUGUUAGUACAGUAGGCUGGAAUCUUUGCCAAUUAGCAGAUAGGAACAGUAACUUAACAUGUAAGGAGUGAUUUAGGUUGUGUUUUUGGAAAUUCCUUGGCUGUUUGAGAAUGAAAGUGAAAACUGAGAUGGAAAACAGUGGCCGAGGUGCAAGGGGAGAUACUGAGAUCUUUUAAUUGAUCUAAUUAACCCAAGUGAAAUUGUGUCAGAGUGGUUGUCAUUUGAAACUUUUUAUCACUAGAUUGACAUUGAAUGGUGUUUAGGUGAUGGGAAAAUUAUAUAUUGGUUAAGGAAUAUAAUACUUUGUCAAGGAAAUGCAGUUUAUUCAUAGCAAGGCAGUGCAGUUGGGAACUGAAAUAUACUGAUUGGACAAUUAUCUUACUCUCCUUGAACUGAGAGAAGGAAUGAGAUCAUAGCAUUUACUUUCUCUUUAUAACAGAUUAUGUUUUUAUGGUAUUUAUCUUAUUCUAGAUUGCAAAAUACCUGGCUCAACAAGUACCUUCAGUUAAAAUUGGGGUUGUGAAUUUGCCCAAAGAGGGAUGCUGCAUUAGAUUCAAUCCUGUCCUUUCAUCCAGAAGUAAGUUUUACUAUAAAGUAGGUCUUAUCAAACCUCCACUUCUCCAAGUAUAGGAACAACAGGAAAAAGCAAUGUUUGUCACUUGACUAUGGGUUUAUAUGUUUGUGUGCUUAACAACUGCUAGUCCUAACAACUUAGAGUAAGUGCUGAAAGUUUUGGCCUGUGGCUUUUGUUUUGACUGGAAACUCACUGAAACUUCUCUUGACCUAUUGGCACUUCACUUUAUUUUCAAGAUAUCUUUAGCAUUUGAUAUAAAAAAGAUGCUAUAGAUAAAGAUCCACAACUUAACAAGAAAAAAAAUUUUACAGAGGGGCACAUGCCUUUGUUUGCUGAAGUGAUGAUACUAAAUAAAAUAAUUCUAUAAUUGGGAAACUUGUAUAAAUAAUUAGCUUAUGUUUUAUUUAUACUGCUGCUGGAAGCUAUGACUUCUUAAAAAUUUUGUAAGAGAAAUAAAUUGCAGCAAAUUGAAUAAUUUGUAAUCUGUUAUUUUUCUUUUUUUUUUUCUUUCAGUAUGUGGAACAACCAACGAAAAUGUUGAAGACUUUGUUAUCUGCCUCAAAGAAGAAGUGGUGGGUCAUGUUAAUAAAGUUCUCUUAAACCUCAUUGUCUGUUGGUGCAAUGGCUUGAAAGCCACCAAUCAAAAUGCCAUUGGUGGAAAUCAACAAUUAUGAUAAUAAUGUUAAGUGCUGCUCACACCUUUACCACUUGCAAAAAUAUUUUGAAUAUACACCGUAUUUAUAAUUUGGUUAACCCUUCAAACCCUAAGAGUGACCACCAUCUAAUUUUUCCUUACAAUAUCACCCUUGAAUCACCGGAGAAGAUCACCAGUUAACCUCCUGAUUGUUAAACAAUUCUCCCUGUCAGCACUUUGGGGUUGAUUUGAAUUGUAUUUAGUGACUGUUGGAGAACAUGCUUUGGCCUCAAACAGUAACGGGAGCUUUUUCUCUUUUAAAUUCAGGCCAGAUUAGAUAACCUGCUUCUAUCUCAAGAGGAAUUUAGGUUAGCAACAGAAGGCAAGGAACAUGUUGUUGCAGUGGAGAUUCAGGACACUUCAGCUGUUGGUGCCCUUCUGUAAGUAGAGCUAAGAUUUACUCUAUAUAUUUUGAAGGGUAAAUUUAACUCAUUGAUGUAAGAGCCAAUAGGAUAAUCUGUGGCAGUUUUGUAUUGUACCAAGUCAUACAUACUGUAGUGUAUAACAAGAUACAUUGAUUGUAAUUUUUUUUUUUUACCUCUUUGUGACUAGAUGUGUUCCUCGUUACUGGACCAACAAGGAUUUAGGAAAACUCAGGGAGGCCAAGAAAGUUGAACUUAAUGACUGGAACAAAGAAGUGUUGGCAAAGGUUUCUGAAGGAAUGGAAGAUGUUUUUAGUAAGGGCCGCACACAAGAUGGUCUCACCUGUAUUACAAUUGAUAAGGUAUUUAAAGUACUGUGCAACACAACUGCUUUUGAAUGUGUUUGCUGAUUCAAUCCAGAGGCCCACUGUAGACAUUAGUAAAGAUUACAAUAUUUGCAGUUAAAUCUCACUAGGUCCGUGGUACUAUAGAUAAACCAAAAAUUUACUGCCUUACCUGUGUACCUUAAACAGCUUCUCUGGCAGUGUUGCAUUUCUGAGUGGUAAUCUUGAAAUUAACAGAUGAUGUUUGAUGUUUGUCAAGAGCAAAAGAAGAGUUGUUAGUUUUUUUUUCCUCUUUUUUCAUCUUAUCAUUCUAACAGAUGUUUCUACAUCUUUAUUUCUUUCCAUCUAAAUUCCUCCUUCUCUUUAUUCUUGUUAUCUAGUUAUCUCUAUGAUUUAGCUUUCUCUGUGCUGUAAAGCUUGAUUACAAACUUUUCCCUGAUCUUUUCUUAGGUGCCAGCCACAUCAUCUGUUGAUGCAGUGGUAGAUAUUGUUUGUAAAGGAGCUACAGAACUGGAAACCUCGAGCAAGGUGUACUAAGCUGACUGAAUUAUUGUUUUAUGUGACUGAAUUAUACUCCAUCUGGUUAACAAACAUUAGUCCAAGUGACUACAAAUUGUAAAAAAGAAAUGCCUGGGCCAGUAAAACCUGCCCAGCCACUAAACUAUUCUUCAGUUUAUUCACUCUGACAAAGGGCUAAUGCUCGUAACACACCUUAGAAACUCUUUAUGGUGGCCAAUUUAAAUUAUCAACUCAGUUGUUAAUACUAAAUUACCCUGUUAGACUCUACAACUGAUGUAGCACAACAGUUUCUUAAGAAAAUUACCCCCUUUAUCCCUCAGUUCAUUCACUCACUGUUCUCAGCAAGAAGGAACUGCUUCCCCACUGUACAUUUACCUGUAAAUAGUAUACUUUAGAUGAAGGCAGCAUGAGGAUAAUACUUGCAGUAUUUUUUGCAGUUUGGAACCAUGUUCAGUUAUAUUUCAUCUCACUGUUUCAAAAUUCUCUAAUUGUAGAUAUUUGCACAUGUAAGCAAGGGCAAAAACUUGUAUUACAUUAGCUGUGGAGAAAUAAUAAUUAUGUAUAAUUUAAUUAGUAAAUUUGUUGAAGAAACAAAGUUUUUUUUCAUCUGGAAGGUGCAUGUCAAUGAUAAAUUUUUACUGCUUUUCCCGUUUAGUAUUUGGAGCAGAUGGCUGAUGCAAUUCAGAGAGGUAUCGAAGCUGCUCAGCAAGACUUGGUGAAAGAAUCAGAGGAAAAACUGUUGGAGGAGGUAAUCAAACAAUUUGACCUUGUAUUCCAUUAGGACAGAUCUUAACAUUUACAUACUAUUACAACAAUGUGGGAAAGUAGCUUAAUUUUGUGCUGCAAGAAUUUUGUAGCAGCUGACAGUCUUGAGAGGUGAUCUCUUGUAAUAAGUGGUGUACCUCUCUUUAGCCAACUUAGCUGCAAGAGUAGUGUUUUUGUCACUUACAAGAGGCUGAGAUGAACAAGCUUGAUUAUUGAAGCUACAAUCACCUCUUAGAUUUUUUGUCAACACUUGUCAAGUUGUGUCAUUUAAAACAUUUUCCAUAUUCCUCUUUCCUGAACUUUUCUUCAAUGUGAAAGGAAUCUUUUUAAAAAAAAAAAGUGAAUGUAAUGUCACUCAUUAACAUGGUUUUUCUGUCUCUGUAAGGGUUUGUUACGGCAAGUCCCUCUUGUGAGUUCCUUCGUGAACUGGUUGUCACCUCUUCCAGAGGAACCCAAAACUAUUGGGAGAACAUUUAAUCUAACAUCUGGUAGGUCUUUCAUGCCUUUUUGUUGUUUUAAUAAUAGACUGAGUAGAGUGAAAUAUCAUCCUUUCUGGUGUACAGAUAGGACAAAGCCUCUUGCGUACCAUGUCACUAUGUGAUAAGACUUCCAGUAGUGGCCAUAAAAUGGGAGACUAUUACCCUAUUCACACUAAAGCUGUUAUGUUGUAAACAUGGUUUAAAAUUGUUUUCAUUAUAGUAGCUACAUGUACUUGAACCGAUGUUUGUCAACUUCAAAUUUAACACAAAAAUACAAGUUAGUGACCACUUAGAACUUCUGGAAAAUUCAGUUUUUCAGUUCUCUGUUUCAGAUUUUCAUUCAGUUAAACCCAGUUAAACUUAAUAUUUUUUGCUGGUGUGAAUAGGGUAUAACUCCAGAAGACUAACAAAAAAAGUAUUGUAUGAGCUGGUGCCUUAUUUUUCUCCCCAAAAGGAACAUGAUGGCAUAGUACUCUAUUGCUGACAGAUUGUGAUGUUAAAAUACUUCAAACAUCCAUCUCUCAGCCUUUCAUUUUGAAAGGAUCUAGACAAGUGUGACUAGAUUUGUGAAUAACAGAAACUGUUCUCAUAAUCUGACAUGAACAGCAUCAAUGAAGCACAAGUAAACAAUUACUUGCCCCCUUCACCUACACAGCUCUAGCAACUGUUACAUUUUAAUUAUACACAUUUUUCAGGUAAUCUACACAAGACUGAAAAAAUUUAUAAAUAUCACAUGCAAGUUCAAGAUGAGGAUGAUGAAGAAGCAGUACCAGUGACACCAACAAAGUCCUCACCAGAAGCUACUCCAGUAAAGGAAAGCCCUGCAGCAUCAGACUGA